AUUCGAAAAAAUUGGCGGUUUCAGCUUACAGCGAGAGGUUGCCGCGUCCCGCUCGUAACGAUUAGGCAAAGAAGCUGGCUCGCUGGAACAACAUCCGUUCGUUUUUCUCUAACUUACCUGCAGCGUUGUUGCCCAGACCUUCGCCGAGAAUGGAGCUCGAUAGUUCAAUGGAGCUCCGAUUGGAAGAGACCAGAGACGCUUUUCAGUCGGCAGCUGAGAACAAUCUUACCGAAGAGGAAGAUAUGGAUGACUUGGAUACCGAGAAUGUGCCAGCCAAGACAGGGAAAGCCGGUCAGAGUAAACCGGAUUAUCCCCCCACUGCCCUGCCACAUGAGCUGCCUCCUAACUGCAGAUAUCACACGCUGAAAGAUUUUGAAAUUGGUCGUCCCCUCGGAAAAGGAAAGUUCGGUAACGUGUACCUAGCGCGAAGAACUGUUGAUCAUUUCAUCGUGGCACUGAAGGUCCUUCACAAAAAUCAAUUGCGACGGAACCGCUGCGAGUACAAUCUGAAACGAGAGAUCGAGAUCCAGAUGAACCUACGACACCCUAAUAUCCUGUGCUUGUAUCGAUGGUUCUGGGACGAUCGCAAAAUUUUCCUCGUCCUGGAGUUCGCGCCCGGUGGCGAAUUGUUCAAGUACAUCCAGAGCAAACCGAAAAGACGCCUCGAAGAGCCCGAGGCCGCUACAUUCAUGCACCAGAUGAUAAAGGCGUUGUCUUACUGUCAUGCAAAAGGCGUCAUACACAGAGACAUCAAGCCGGAAAAUCUGCUGCUCGGAGUCAACAACGAGCUGAAAAUCGCCGACUUCGGCUGGAGUGUUCACGCUCCUUCCCGACGGCGGAAGACCAUGUGCGGGACCCUCGACUAUCUCCCGCCUGAGAUGGUGCAGCGUCACGAGUACGAUCAGCGGGUCGACUACUGGUGCAUCGGCAUUCUGCUCUUCGAGUUCCUCACGGGCGGUGCUCCUUUCGAGUCUGAGAAGAACGAGGAGACAUACCGAAAAAUUUGCAACGAGCAAGUCAAAUUCCCCAAUCACGUCUCGGCACCGGCGCGGGACCUGAUCUCGAAGCUGUUGGCGAAGAAAGCUGCUGACAGAAUCUCUCUGGUUGAGGCUAUCCAGCAUCCUUGGAUCGUGGAGUUCGCCGAUAAAGACGUACCCUGCGAGACAUUUUAGAGAAACAACCCGAUUUUAUUCAAACUUGUGUAUUCAUCGUGUGAGGGCAUCGUUUAACGCGGAGGCCGUGGAGCCUCCCCAUAUGCAGAACAGUUCAUGUAUCGUGCGGCCGAGCCACCUGCACGAAAAUCAUCGGUACGCAAACUCUCCCGGGCCUGAUGAACGAUAGGACUCGCUCAUCUAUAGGAUUUGCUUCGCAUGUUUGUGGUACGAGAAACGACUGUCUCUUUCGAGCGCCAUUCAGAGAAUACCAAAACCUUCCCAACAUUCGAGAGAAUAAAUAUAAAGCGACUUCCGCAUCCCAUACGUGACGGAGAAAA